AUGAUGUCUGGCGCAUCUGUCCUGCCGCGCGUGCAAAAGAUUCAGAAGCUUGGCAGCUACCCCGUUCAAACUGAAGCAAAUCCGACAGACAGUAUGCUGAAGACGUAUCCGAUCGUUUUUGUGUCGCUUGGAACGAGUCCUGUCCUGUCAUACCUGGAUUAUGUUGAUGAGCAGCCCGAGCGCUUCCACUCUCAUUGCUGUGCGAAGCCGGGCAAAGUCAUGGGCUGGGUCCAGCUGUACAAGGAAGUGGUGCCAGACUCAACAGAUGAGUAUCUGCGUAUGACGCAUCUUGUACGUGACUAUGUGGAAAAAUUUGAUGCGGAUAUGAUCAUUGUCGACAACUUUAGUCCAUUUGCUGUGGAUGGUGUGCGUCUUACGAAGCGUCCCUUUAUCGAGACUGCCCCUGGAUCCGUGAUGGGUGUCGCGAGCCAGGUGAACCCAUUCAAGCAACCGUUGCCUAUGAGCGGUGGUCGCUCAGGUGAAGGUGGCCUGUUCGUGAUCCUCAGCAACUUUAUCUUUAUUUUCAACUGGCUGUAUUUCUAUCUGUUUGAUCCAUGGUCCACACGUCGCCGCAAGUUCCGCAAAGAGGUGCUGAAAUUAUCGACGCCGAAUCCUUUGGAUGACGCGAUUAUGCCGCCUGCCCCUGGCGUGUUGCCGCAGCAGAUUUCUACGCUGGCAUUCAGUGUAGCGGGCCUGGAUAUCUACGCAUCGAACGCGUACGACAAGUCCGUGUUCUUUGUCGGUCCUUGCUUUGUCCCCAACGCAUUGCCUGACACCAAUGCAAACGCUCCUACACCAGUCGAUGACCCUGUUCUCGCCUGGAUGGACGAACUGUAUGCGCAGAACAAGCGUGUCGUGUGCAUCAAUAUGGGCACCAUCUAUUAUUACCUUCGUAAGGACUACGACAAUCUGCUCCGCGCACUUCACAUGCUGCAUGAACGGAUGCCCAACGUCGCUAUCCUGUGGAAGAUCCCCGACCGUUCGCAGGACGUUCAGCCGAUCCCCAAGGCAGAAGAAGCGAACCUGCCGUCGUUCAUUUACCGCGUCGCCUGGAUCCCUGACAUGUUCAAGGUGAUGCAGCACCCGGCCUUGGGUGUUGUCAUGCACCAUGGCGGUGGCAACUCUCUCAACGAAGCACUAGCCUAUGGCGUCCCACAAUUCUGUGUGUCCCAGUGGGUCGACACGCACGAUAUUGGCCUUUGUAUUCAGAACUCCGGUGUCGGUUUGUGGGCCGAUCAUUCACCAGAAUUUAUCCCCGAAGACGUCAGCUCGAAACUCGCCACGCUGUUGGAGGAUAAAGGUCUCGGUUUCCGUCACAGAGCACUCGCUUGGAAGCUGAAGACUCAGCAGGCCGGUGGCACCUCCUUUGCCGCUGACGUCAUCCAAUCUUACGUCUCUGGCUACACGUUUGAGGGUGGUAACAGCAAGGCUCCUGUGGCGAAUGCCAUGUAA